GUUGGAUAACGUUACUGGAAUCAAAACUCUCAGAUGGCGGCGGCGGCGACGAGCGUGGUGGGCGAUGUGGUGCACUGCAUUCGCCACAAGAAUGUUGACCAAGAUGUCCUGCAUGCCUUCAUUCAAGAGAUCGAACGGAGUACCAAUGCCAAAGUGCUCGCAUUGCGAACCCUGUCUCAGCAGCUCGGUCUCGUUUCUGACUUGACCGAGUCGGAAGUUUCGUCCGACACUAGCACUCGGGAUGUACGCGAGGUCGUGCCGUGUGGCCAGGACGAGCAUGCCGCAUCGAGCAUGUGCGAAGAAGAGGUCAUCGUGUUCUUCCAAUUUGGCCUUCCAUUGGUGCAAGCGUUCCACCCUGUCUUGCACGAGUGCGAGAGCGCCAUUCACACCAUCUUAUCCGCAUGGGCAUCCGUGGCAUUGAAAUGGUGUGGUCAAGGGUCCACGCUAGAGCUGCAGUCCGUCCUGGAGCCUUUCUUAGUCGCCGUGUGCGUACUCGACACUCAAUCGACAACAAGCCACCACACGUGCUUGAAAGCGUUGAUUGACAUCGUCGCAGGUCAAAGUAGUACGUGUAGCAGUGUCACGCAAGUGUCCGACCGCAGCAUCGAGUUGAAUGCGCUCUUGCAUGUUGUUCACGCCAAGCCCAGUGUCUUUUACACGGCAAUGCACCUCCUCAUGUCCCCUGACCACCAGCUCGUCCCCACCCCAGCGACCAUGCAUCGAUGGGUUCUGCUAGGCCAUGUCGUAAUACAGCCUUGGUUUGACAGUGUCACAUUCGUGUCGACACCCCUGUGGUCUCUUCUGGUGCAGCCACCGCCUCCUCGUCAAGGCGUAGCCACUGUCGUACUCCAAAUGUGGUUUCUCGCGCUGUUCCUACCCGCAGCUGCCGCGUCCAUAUGGACCGAAUCGUCUUCAGCCAUCGCGGACGUCCUCGAGUUGCUUUGGCACGCCAUCGCAGCAUGCGCGGCCGUCCUGCCGCGGCCACUCGUACCGCCCUCCGACGUGACCAUGUGGGACCACGCCCAGCUCGCGGACGCGAUCCCGAUCUUCAAACCCGAUCAAGUGCACUCUGCAUUUGCCACGUAUUGGACGCACUGGGCGACGAAACCGCCUAUUCCAAUACCAACAACCCUCGACGACCCCCUUCCCACAACGACCUUUCACGACAGCGUGCCACGUGGAUAUGGGCUCCACCAGAUUGAAUUGUGGAUCGGAUCAGCGAAAUCCAACACUACGGGCGGCGCAGGCAUCCGCGCGCUUCGAGUGACCCUCCACGACGAGUUUGGCGGGGUGCAUGUGCUGCCGCUGCGCGGCGACGCCGCGGCCCUCCAUGAUACAUUCCGCACGACGCGCCAAGUGUUGGCAUUGGAUCAUCACGAGUUUAUCACGUGCGUGGACGUGUCCAACUAUGAGUAUCAUCACCAGCAGAACCCCCGCAGCCGCCGUACGUUCGUGGGCGCCAUCCGGUUUACCACAUCCAAGCACGAGUACCCAUGGAUCGGCACCCCUAGCCGGCUCGCCAACCUCGACGUGUCCGUGCGCAGUAGCAACAAACAGACGAGUGACGAGGUGCUGGUGGAGCUAACUGGCAAGUUUGACGAGGACGGAUGGCUCGUAUGCCUUGGCGGGUCGUUCGCACAACCGACGACCCACGACGACUCUACCGGGCGGCGUCCAGAGGGAACUUCUGUGGUGGAGUCAACAUCGCUGGGGCUCGUGGCCUAUGUGUUUCGGUGCGUAUAUGCGCUGGCGCCGUGGGAAUGCGUGAGCUACUUCCACACCAACUUGACCUCAACGGAGCUAUUUCCGCCAGCAACGGGAUCGACCGUGCAAGCGCUGUUCCUUCAGCUGCGGCACCACCCCCGUCUAUUUGCUCACCCAACGUUAUCGUCGUCGUCGUCGCCCGCCUUGGUAGAUACCAGUGCGGGGUUGGUGUCGUGGCUGGCCGUACAACCUAGCCACGACACGCCGCCGUCAGUAGACUCGCCUUCUUCUAGUGCUGCCGCUUCCAAAUGGAAACAUGAUGCUAAGACAGACCCAGUUGUGUCGUGGAUGAUGCAGCCCUUUUACUCGUUUGCUAGAGACGAUAUGCAUGCCAACAUGCUCAAAGUACGCGCCCAUGCCGCGGCGCUGCGGGGGUCCCACGCCAAGGAGUGGUGGUACCAGCGCGAGUUAAAAGUAGAAAAGGAAGUCAACCGCUGCUUACACAAGCAAAUGCACGGCCAGCGCACCCAAAUCCUAUCUUUUGAAAAGGAGCGACGCAAGUGGGAACACGAAGUCCAGCGGCGGAUAUCCAAGUAUGCCACCGACAGAAAACUCUCGAGCGAACAAAACCUGGAAUUGCACGGGCAAGUGGAAGCGUUGAAACUCGAGCUCGCGACAUCCCAUGGCCAACUGAAGGCGCUGACGGCGUCGAGUGCCGCGCUGGAAGGCGCUGUGGACGAACUAAGGCGGCGGACGGCGCAUACUCAGCAACUGGAAACCCAAGUCGAUGCCUUGACCAAGCAAGUCGCGGAAUGGGAUCAUUUUCACGCGACAGAGAUGGACCGGUUGCGACAGAGUCAUGUGCUCGAGAUGCAAGACCUCAAGUACACGUGGAGUACGGCGCUCCAGAAGAAUGGCGCGCGGACACGUGCAUCGUCCUCCUCCUCCGUCGGCAUGAUCCCCCACGAACCUUCUCAUGAGGACCAUCGAGUGGCGGAGCUCGAGAAGACGAUCAAGCAAAAGGAUCACGCGAUUCAAGCACUCAAGGCGAUGCUGGAACGGCAGCAGAGCAUUUCCGACGACAAAGUGAACUUGGCCAACACCAAGUACGACCACGUUAAGGCCAUCAACGUCGUGUUGCAGACGAGAAUGGUGGGCGGCAGUACUCGGUCGUAACUAGAGCUCGAGUAACGUUGAACAAGGAGGGUGUUAUGGUAUUAUUGAGAUCGAAUGUUGUACUGGGCCUGCCACGCAUUCGCCGUCGCUUCCUUUUGCUUUAGCAGGUCCGCAACUUGCACCAUGAGUUUCUGAAUGCCGUCGGCAUUGCUGGCCACCGCCGGCAGCACUUCGGCCACGGUGCGUUCCACGAGCACGCCGCCCACCAUGCGGAACGCACGGCGGGUGCCUUCGUACCCGUUCAACGUUUCUGCCACUCGCUGAUGUUCAUGGAGUUCCAGUUCCAGUUCGGCAUGCUUUUCAGCAAGUUGACGGACUUCGUUCUUCAUACCCUUGUACGUCGCAAUCACUUGCUGCUCAUUCAGUUGCGGUUCCGCCAUCGGAUGAUGUGCGAGAGGGAGAUCGAUUCCUACCAGU